GCAAAACCCCUAUAUCGCUGCUCAAGUCGCCAGAUACACCAUCCUGCUGAAUUGACACGAUGAAAUUGUGUCUUGCUACCUCGCUUGCUAUGCUCGGCGCCGUCUCGGCGUUCCCCGCCUUUCCCAUCGGGAACUCCCAGGCCGUGCUCAACGCAUUGGCCCCCCAACAGCCCGAAGUGGGCGACGAUUCGUGGUUCCCCUGGCCGUCGUGGCCCAAAACGGAAAUCGACUCGCAGAAGUUGCAGAACGCCAUUUCCGCAGACGCGUUGAGGGCACGUGCCGAAACCUUGUACCAGAUUGCCCAGGCCUCGGUCAAAGAGUAUGGCCACCCGACCCGAGUCAUUGGCUCGCGGGGCCACUGGGGAACCGUGCACUACAUCUUGGGCGAGUUACAUAAGCUCUCCAAGUUCUACACAUGGGACGUGCAGAAGUUCGACGCCAUUGACGGCCGCGUCAACUCGUACUCGCUUCUCAUCGACGGCACCGAACCAAAACUGGUGCUGGCGCUCGCCUUGACGCCCCCCACGCCCGAGAGCAAGCCGGUCCAUGGCCACUUGGUGUUGGUGGACAACUUUGGCUGCAAUUCCGCGGACUUCCCCGCCAACUUGACCCUCGGCAACAUUGCCUUGGUGGCGCGCGGCGAGUGUGCGUUUGGCGACAAGCUGAUCAACGCUGGCUUGGCCGGCGCGUCCGCCGUGAUCAUCUACGACGAGGACGCGCCUUUGCACGGCACGUUGGGCUCGCCCACCGGCAAGGAGGUGCCUGCUUUGUCCAUCAGCAAGAAGGACGCAGACCAGUAUAUCCGCGGCUUGAAAGCCGACCCCAGCACGCCCUUCGAGGUGACCUUGUACGUGGACGCGUACGUCAAGAAAAUCAAGACCGUCAACGUCGUGGCCGAGACCAAGGAGGGCGACCACAACAACGUGGUGUCCUUGGGUGCACACUCGGACUCGGUGGCCGAGGGCCCUGGCAUCAAUGACGACGGGUCCGGCACCGUUUCGUUGCUUGAGGUGGCCAAGCAGUUGUCGCACUUCAAGGUCAAGAACGCCGUGCGCUUUGCGUGGUGGGCCGCGGAGGAGGAGGGCCUUUUGGGCUCGUACGCCUACGCCAACUCGCUCCUGCCCGAGGAGAACUCCAAGUUGCGUGUGUUCAUGGACUACGACAUGAUGGCCUCGCCCAACUACGAGUACCAGAUCUACGACGCCAACAACGACGACCAUCCCAACGGCUCCGGCAACUUGAAGGAUCUCUACGUGGACUGGUACAAGGAGCAGGGCUUGAACUACACGUUCGUGCCCUUUGACGGCAGAUCCGACUACGUGGGCUUCAUCGACGCGGGCAUUCCUGCGGGUGGCAUUGCCACGGGAGCCGAGGGCGUCAAAACCAAGGAGGGCCAGGACAGUUUUGGCGGCGAGGCCGGCAAGUGGUUCGACCCCUGCUACCAUCAGCUCUGCGACGACUUGACCAACCCAGACUACAACGCGUGGGUGGUCAACACCAAGUUGAUUGCCCACUCUGUGGCCACGUACGCGAAAAGCUUCGCUGGCUUCCCCGAGAGAGAGGUUUCCGUUGCCUCGGUGGCCAGUGGCCAGUUCAGCGACAGCCUCAAGUACCGUGGCCCUCGCCUCGUCAUAUAAGCACGGCCGCACGAGGCCUGGGCACUCGAGCACAUCUCCAGUGGAUGAACGUGUGGGUGCCUCGGCCAGAGCGGGCCAGCCUGUAGAGCCAGCCAUCUUGUAGAGCCAACCAGCCUGUAGAACCAACCAGCC